AACUGGAGCGCUAACGGAGCUAUUGUUCUCGGUAAAUUCCUUUCCCCCGUGCUCUCGCGCAUGCCAGUCUCUCGUGCUUUAUGAGAAGAGGCAUGCGCUCGUCCCGCUGCCCCUUUCGCAUUGGCUGAACGGAGACCGCUUGUGUUUUAGCUUAUAUUUUUAGCAACAGAGGUCGGACUAAUAUUGCAUGGUAGAAACUGCUGGUCAUCUGCAGUGCUGCUGAGCGCCUGAGAACUGCAGUAUAUUGCGCUGUGAGCGUGAAAAGUCGAGAUCCGCAUAUUGAACGUGCCCUCGAUUACGGCGAAUGGUCCUCAUUAACGAGUUAAAGAGGAAGACAGUUGAAGUUUAAUAGGCUACAAGGGUCUGUCUGUGGAGCGCUGGAUAUCUGAUCUAGGAUAUUAGUGGCCCUCUUGCUGAGAAGCUUUUCGGAAAUGGCCAGUCCUGGAGACGAUUCGGCAUCAAAUGCCCAGCUGGAACAGCCCGAAUCGGUGGAACCAACCCCUGAACCAGCUUUUCAAGAAGCACAGAAAUGGAUCGAGGCAGUGACAGGAAGAAGUUUCUGUGAUAAGGAUUUCAGAAGUGGACUGGAGAACGGCAUUCUGCUCUGCAAGUUGCUGAGUUCAAUCAAACCAGGCCUUGUGAAAAAGAUCAACAGACUUCCAACACCCAUUGCCGGACUAGAUAAUCUGACCUUGUUUCUGAGAGGAUGUGAAGAGCUGGGACUGAAGGGAUCACAGCUAUUCGAUCCUGGAGACUUGCAAGAUACGUCAAUACGAGCAAACUUAACGGGCUCUGACUGCAGUAGAAAGUUGAAGAAUGUGCUCAUAACAAUAUACUGGCUUGGUAAAGCUGCUAACAGUUGUGCAACGUAUAACGGCCCCACACUCAACCUGAAAGAGUUUGAAGGACUCCUUUCCAUGAUGCGAAAGGAGUGUGUAAGUGAAGAUUUGGACUCCCCUAAGCGCAGUAUAAGGGACAGUGGUUACAUAGACAGCUGGGAAUCAGAACGCUCUGAUUCGCUGUCUCCUCCGAGGCAUGGUCGUGAGGAUUCAUUCGACAGCCUAGACUCAUUUGGCUCACGAUCACAGAACACACCCUCCCCAGACACCGUUCUUCGCUGCAACAGCGAUGACUCUGAAGGUGACGGCAGUUACAGGAAGUUGCCAGACAUGCGUAAGGAUGACAUGUCCGCCCGGCGUGUGUCCUUCAAAGAGCCUCGUGCUGCUAUCCCCUUCAACCAGUAUCUGCCCAACAAGAGAAACCAGACCAACUACAUUCCUGCCCCCCUGAGGAAGAGGAGGAGUGAAAGAGAGGAAGACAGGAGGAGUGUGAGCAACUCAACAUCUCCUGUUGGAGAAAGACAUCUGAGAGAGGAGAGACUAGAAGUAUUAAAAGAGGGUGCUGUCAUGUUUCAAAGCCAUAUGCUUCAGAAGACAAUAAACUGGGAAGGUGAGAAAGGGGUGGAGCUUGAGGAGGCAGAUCUCAAGAAAAUGAGGAAGCUGAAAAAGGCGGGGAUUAAAGUAUUACCCGCCUCUGUGCAAUACAACAGUCCAAACGUCAUUGCUGAGGAGUCUAAAAAAGCUAAACCACCUUCCCCUGACAUCAUUCUUCGGUGUGACAAUGACUUCCUGCGUGCUGCCGCCCCACAUGAGUGGGACUCGAACGAGGAAGAUGAUGAUGAAAAGGGAGAGAGGAAGGUUCCAGAUGUCCAAAAGGAUGAUCUUGCUUCUCGCAGAGCACGCAUUAAUCAGUUCAAACCCAGUGUGACGCAUUACUUCUUGCCAGGCUCUUGUAGCUGGGAGGACCAAGAGAAAUGGGAGGGAAUCAGGCUGGCAUCCCAGCAUGCCGUAUUGGAGAGGUUGGAUGAAGAUGGAACAGGAGAAAAGGAGGUGCGAGUUCUGGCUGACUCCACCUCCUCUGAGGUGUCAAUCAUAACUCGAAAGGACAAUCCUUUCCUGAACCCUGAAAAAGAAAGGGAAAAAGAGGGGGAUGAGGAAGAUGAGAGAGAGCUAGAGAGGAAGAUAGUUAUCCCAAACCCACACAAAGAUGAUCUAGCGAGGAGACGAGCUGGUAUAGAGCCAUGCCCGCCCAAAGAUCCUCAUCAAUCAUUUGCCCAGACUUCAAUCACUCAGUCUGACCUGGAGAAGUGGCAGAGACUCAAGAUGAAAACAGAGAGCAGUGUGGCUGGCUCCAACCUUGCUGAAGUGUCAAUCAUAACUCGCAAAGACAACCCUUUCCUGCGCCCUGAGAAAGGCAGUGGAUGUGAGGAGGAAGAGGAGGAGGAAGGGCCAGUCAGAGAGGAUGGGGGGAGGGUGGUGAUGCCAAAUGUAGAGAAAGAUGACCUGGCCAGAAGGCGGGGCCAAAGUGGGCCCACCCCACAGAGAGAUCCUCGGCAGACAUUUCUACAAACAACAAUCACUCAGUCAGACAUGGAGAAGUGGCAGAGACUCAAGAUGAAUACAGAGAGCAGCGAUGAGCCCAUUGUCCCUCUGUGCCAGACAUGUCUUGAGAAAGGCUGCCUUUCUAUCGCCUCCAAUGCGAAGGUUGCCAAGAACAACCUGGCUGGUUGCCGGGAACGUUCCUCCGGUGAACGGCGGCGUAUAGUGACAUUUGGGGGUGUGACAGAGAUGGAGAAUACAUCCUGGCAAGAGGAGGAUGAGGAAAGGGGAGAGGGAGAGGGGAACGAGGCAGAGAAGCUUCGAUACCUCCUCUCGAUGGCACCUGUUGCUGUGCCCACCAUAGGACUGGGCUCCAGACUAACAAAGAGAGCAGUGGGCAGUGACGCAAGCCCAGAAACUGCUGUAGUCAUGCCCCCCGAACCCCCAAACCAUGUCAUGUUUGACCUUAAACAGUCUGUGACCUCUGCAGAGGAGUUGUUGGCUGAGAAAUCAAAGGAUGAGAGCGAAUGUGAUGAAGAUGAGGAAAGGGAACCGGAUAUUGAAAAAGAUGACAUGCUGGCUCGAAGGACAGGAGCAUUUCAGAAGGCAUCAAAAGGGACGUCCUAUAACCGAUUCCUCCCGCAGCCAGGAUCCAAGAGAGAGGGCACUAUAGGGGCUUCCCUGUCCCAGAAAGGAAGUUUUCAGAUAUACACGAGUGGAGAAAGAGACCUGCUCUACCUGGAAAGAAAUAUAAAGACAAAGAGAACCAAGAUUGGACAGAGAAAUGAACCAGCUGAACAACUUCCAAAGACACCAGUUCCGGUUUCUGUAGUUGCCCAAAAGAGCCCUGACAUUGUAUGCUCAACUGCUAACAAUGUUGAUUACUGUGGCAGUUAUGAUGAUUAUGAAGACUGUGGGGAUGAAGGCCCAAUGCCAGACUUUGUCAAGGAUGACAUGCUCACUCAAAGGACUGAAGCUCACCAAAAGCCAUGUGGGGGGACAGGACAGCCUUUUAAUGCAUUCUUGCCCAAACUUGGUGCUGUCAAACACCAAAACACCCCUGCCAGUGGAUUCCAGCAGGCAUACCUCAAGCCUAAAGAGCAAGAGAAAGUCCCAGCUUUGGACAGCUUCACCCUUAGCUCUGUGGCCCCGCCCCCAAGAGAUGCUGAGGACACGCCUAGGAAGUGCCCUCAGAUGAUGGACAGGCAAGAGACGGGCUCUGUGUGUGUGGUGGGACAGGAAAGUCUUAUUAAAAAUGAGAAUAUUAUCAAAAGCUCCUCCCCCAAACCUGACCGAGCCUCACGACGGACCCUUUGGCAGGAAGAUGAUGAUCUACCCCCAAUAUUCAGAUCUACUAGUGUUUCUGAUGAAACGGAGAGUAUGAGUUUGACUGACAUGCGUGAUGAAGAGGAGCUGGCCUACCGCCGACAGCACAGCCAAUCACGACAUGAGCGGUUACACAACCAGUACAACAAGCACAAAGAGGAGGAGGACCAGUGGCAAGAUGAUUUGGCUCGCUGGAAGAAUCGGAGGCGAAGUGCCUCUCAGGAUCUGAUCAGAAAAGAGGAAGAGAGGAAGAUGAUGGAGAAGUUGAUGAAAACAGAUGGAGGAUCUGGCCAUCGCAAGAAGAGCAUCAAAACAUACAAAGAGAUCGUAGAGGAGAAAGAGCGUAGAGAACAGGAGCUACAUGAACAGUACUGCAAGGCCUCCACCCCAGAAGAGAAAGCAGCAGUGCUUCAACGCUACGCUCUCCGUUUCACCAUCAGCGACGCAAUCCUGGAGAAACUCCAGCUCCCCAAACUGCCUUCUGCUGCCAUGCCGAUCCACACUUCUCCUCUCCAACAGCAUGUGAAGCAGAGCACAAGCCCUGCCCCAGUAGAACCAGAAGCUCCAGAGCCUACACAAACCACCCAAAUACAGCACAGUGUCCUUGCUGACCAGAAGAUUGUACAAAAUCAGACACCGCGACAGCCCAAGUGCCCUGAACCAUCACCGACAAAGACCACCAAAAAUCCAGAAAUCCCAUCGGCACCCAUACGUCCCCUUGUUUGUUCAAAGCCUGUUCCUCUAAUCACCCCAAAACCCUACAGCCAGCCCAGAUUCAGCCAGGGCCCGCACAAAACACUGAAGACUGAUGGGCUGGUGCGUGUGAAUGGAGAGAGCACUCAAGAGGAGAGAAGAGACCGUGUAGUUGGGGUGUCUCUAAUACAUCCUGUCUCCUUCUCUUCCUCACCUCCAAAGUCAGCCACUCAGACUCAACAAAUUGAGCUAACUGUGUUAGAAAACUCACACCAUCAGCAAAACACACAGGCAUCUCUUCCUGACCAGGAGAAAAAGGUUGUAAUGAAGGAAAAAGAAUGUUCUCUAAGCAUUCACCAAGAGAAUAGCAAAGAAGAGACCUCAACUACACUACAGUCAGAACCAGCAGAAAAACAGUCAAUGCCUGAUAUGAUGGUGAAGCGCAGCUGUGUUGUCACAACGACUAUUGUAACAGAACUCACUCAGACACACCCCGUCCAACCAAGUGACACCUCUAGCGCAGACCAGCUUUGUGCUUCAGUCCAGAAUUCAUUUGAUCUGAGCUCAUCUAUCGAGUCCAUCAAGGCUGACCAGACUUCAUACUCACUCUCAAUGACCGAGGGGACUGACUAUUCCAUUGAAUGUAUUGAAACCCCAAUGUUGAACCUUGCGAAAAGGGUUGACCAUUGGACAUGGGAUCCUAAUGAAGAACGCAGGCGGCAGGAGAGAUGGCAACAAGAGCAGGAACGCCUGCUGCAGGAGAAAUACCAGAGAGAGCAGGAGAAGCUGAAGGAGGAGUGGGAGAGAGCACAGAAAGAAGUGGAAGAGGAGGAGAGGAGAUACCAUGAAGAGGAGAAAAGGAUUCUGGAGGAAACUGUGACCCCACUGACCACUCACUCCUCAGUUUUACCCUCCAGAAGUGUGACUGAGACCCCCUCCCUCAGCCAGCCACCACAUGACACCAUUGUCCUUUCAUUGGCCGACUGGGAAAGGAAACAGGAAAUGCUGGAGAGACAAGCACAGAUGAACCAGAGUAACGGACUAACACACAGGUGGAAUAUUUACAAAAUUGGUUACAAAAGGAGCAAUCUAGUUUUGUUUUGUGUGUUGAGAUGUUGUUGUUUUGAAAACUACUUUAUCCAGCCAACCGCCCCCUCAGUUCUGGUUCCUGGUUUGAGGGGGUGGUGCAGAGCUGAUCUUUCUGGCACAGAAAUUGAUUUUCUCUGGUGGAAUUUCACAGAGUGUUUCAGAUUGGAUACUGGCUUUGGCACUGGCACUUUAUCUGUGGAAAAGGGCCCUGUUGAAGUAAUCACACCAGCUCAACAAAACGGCCAGAGAACUGAACCGCAGGAGAGCCAAACAGCUACACCACAACUGCAGUUUAUACAGGAUGGAUCAUGGAACUGUAAGUCUAAAGGCAGACAAGAGGAUCUGAAGAAAACUGCUUCAUUGGACCGUAAACAGAGUCCACCCCAGAGCCAGACCACAGGGAUGAGGAGGACUGGGUCGUGUGAAAAUGUUUUAGGAACACAAUCAUCAAAAUCAACUUCACCACAAGACACACUGCCUCCAUCCCCCAGCAGGUCGGUAAGUGGAAAAAAGCUCUGCUCUAGUUGUGCGCAUCCGUUGGGCAAAGGAGCAGCUAUGAUCAUUGAAACCUUGGGGCUGUACUUUCAUAUUCAGUGUUUUAAGUGUGGCAUAUGUAAAGGGUUACUUGGUGACACAAGUGCUGGAACUGACGUCAGAAUUCGAAAUGGACUUCUUAAUUGUCAAGAAUGCUACAUAAAGUCACGGGCUGCUGGCCAGCCAACAACAUUGUGAUCCUCUGCAGUCCUGAUGAGCAACUGUAUCCAAAAUAAGUUGAACCAAGCCAGGACCCAAGAAGGAAGAUUUUUGUUUAUACGUUUCCAACAUUGUUCCUUAAGGCACAAUCAUGCAUAGACUAAACGUCAAUACUGGAAUCAAGAGUACAACCGGUUUUCUUCUGGACUCCAUUAGACUGUAAAGCAAAGACCAUUUUUUGUGCUUGUUUGAGUAUGUUAUUAUCACAUACUUGGUAAAAAGUCCAUAAAAUAUUACAGCAGGUUAUUACUGUAAUAGUAGUUGCUUGUUCAUGUUCAUUUGUUUUAGACUUAAGAAGUAUUCCAGUAGUUGCACUUUACCUCACACUGUCUAUGUUACACACAUUAUGUAUUUAUGGUAUUUUGUUAGCAAUAACAGUAGUGUAAUUUAAAGCUUGUCCAAAAAAUGAAACUAAAUAUUGUCAACAUUUUGGUCAUGAGUUUUUCCAGUGACAGUCUAGGUGGAAACGGUGCAUUUUAAAAAUGACUGGGAGAAAUCGCUUCAAUCAAUAUAGCGGAAGUCUGGAAGUCCAGAUAUAGAAGUCCUGCCUUUAAGUUUAAAGAGCCAGUUGCCUAUUUGAUGGAGUUUGUUUUACUCUAGAGAGUGCAUGCACAUUAACUGGACCAGACAGUUUUGUGUGAUUUGAAGAAAUAUAGUAUACCAUUUUUGUCCAUGGGCAGGGGGAUUUAUUUACUUAUGUAAAUACGCAGUAACAUGGUCACUGUAAUGUAGAGUGUGACUAAACUCUUCAUUACUAUUGUGAGGAAUCUGGAACAUGAAGCAAUUCAAGAUUUUUCCAUCCAUAAAAUCUUGAUUCCACAAAUUCUGUGUUUCUUAAGGGAAGCAUGUACACAGAGAUCAGCAGAGGACCUAAUACAGAGCCUUGUGGCACUCCAUAUUUGUGUUAUAGUUCUUUAUUUACACAGUGAUAGUGGUCAGAUAAUAUUAUUCUUUUAAUAUUAUAUCACCUCUUUUCUCAGAAGGUCUUUCACCUUAUUUGGUCAGAAACUCUAUGUAAUUCUACAUAUGAACACAUGGUUUGAAAAGCUUAGGUCUGGCAGAUUUGUCCUGAUGCCUUAACUGACAAUAUGAAAUGAAUACAGAUAAGAUUGACCAUCUCUUUUAUUUGUGGUUUGAAAAAAUGUCUUGAACUGGAAUAGUUUUGAUUUAAAUGUUCUGUUAAUUUUUCCAUUUUGCAUUGCCUGUUUUUCUUGUUUGAUCAGUGAGGGAUUUGAUACUUUAUUUGUGCAAUAUUAAGAGCCCAUGUACUGUAGAGAGCAUGUUAUGUAAUGGCGCAUUUUGCUAGUGGGUAUAUCUUUACAUUUCCAUUAGAUAAUUUUUCUUUCUGUUAUUAAUAUUUAAAGGUUUUGCUCUACAUUUGAAUGGCAAGAAGAUUGCACGAUCCCUGAAACUUUCCUUGGUCACUCACAUAUUAUGUGCUACUAAAAGUUAUAAUUUUAACAAUGUGCAGUUACAAACAGCUCUAUGUAUGCAUAGUACAUGUUGUUUAUUAAGAUAUGUUAGUACUGUAACAUGAACACUUAAAUGCAAAGUGUAACCCUUCUAGCUUUUGAAAACAUUCAGUUAAAAUUGGUUUUAUUUUAUUUUUUUGUUGCCUUUGCUCUCUUAUCUGCAAUGUUGUGCCUUAUAAAUUUCUCCUAGUGUCUAGUGUUGACCACCCUUACACCCAAAGCUUCAAUUUACCCAUGUAAAUUGGUUUGAGUAUUGUGCAUAUGCACUCUGCUUUUACCCUGGUACUUUAUUCAGUAACUCUUUAACUGAACAAGAGAUUUAAAAUGGAAAGCCCGACCUCUGUAUGUAAGCUUUUUAGUCAUUUCAUGUGCAUUUAAAGAUUAAAAAAUCAUUAAACAUCCAUAUUUGUUUAGCUCUAAAGCAACUGAAAAGGUCUUCAUAUUCAAUGUAAUAUUCAUGCCACUAAGGAAUAUUGUUUUCAACAACAUCAGCAAAUAAUUCCUGCUUUUGCUUUCUGUUAAUAUUUGAGAUUUAGAAGACAUUGUCAUUUACAUUUUGGGGAUUUUGACAUUUGCCUGUAUAUCAUUUGUUUUAUUUAUGUAACAUUUAAGAAUAUGAACUGAAACUAGAGCAACAGUAAGGCAAUCAUUUCUUGAAAGAGUAGUCAAGGAGUGAGUGUGUGACAAAUACCUUAUUCUAUAUUUAUUAUACCCUUUGAAAAUGAGUCGCACAAGACAACCUACAAGAUGCUGAAAUGCAAUGGCUUUUAUAGCAAGUGUAUGUUUUUAAAUAAACUAUAAUAAACUAUUUUAAAUGCACUUGCAUUCUAGCCACAUGGUUGUGUUUGUGACUUUAGAAACAUGAAUUUCUUUUAUGCCUAAUAUAGCAUUAAGCCUUGGUGUGAUUUUCAUUUUAAAACAAAGGUUAUCGGUGUAAGUAUGUACAGUUUCUGUGACAUAAUGUUAGUUCAACUGUUGUUAGUCUGUGUUAUCAGCCAUACUCUCCCAACAAGAAUGGUUUUAACAAAAAAAGGCAGUAUCAAUUAUUUGGGCUCAUGAGAAACUUUUUCUGCCAACUACAUUUAAUGCCUUUGAAUAAUAAGAAAAUAUAUCUUGUAGUGCAGCUGUCAAACAAAGACUGCUAUUUGGAUUCAUGGAAACACAAAUGUUUUGCAGAACUCACUGAAGCUUGGAAAAAUAAUCCACCUUUUUUUAUUUAUAUCAGAGAUGCCAAAACAUAUUUGAUAUGAACAAAUUAAAAUGAGCUCUAAAUCCAAAUAAUAUUAUACAUGUGACUAUGAACUUUGGUGGGAAAUGCCUGUUUUGUUUCAGUUAAUGGAUUGUGUAUAGAGCUCUGAAAUUAUUUAAUUACAGUUGAUGCAUCUUGUAACUCCUAAACAUGCUCCACAGCAGACAAAUCUAUACAUGGUAUCCCACUCUUCACAGAUAUGAGACACAAUGCUUCAUGAUCAUCUAUGAUUUGACCUUUUAAAAUAUUAAAUUAAUUACAUGCAAUCUUUCAACUACAGCCAGUGAAUGAACAGUUUAGUUUUACAAUUGUUUGUGCAUCUCUGUCCAUAUUUCAUUCAGUCAGUGUCUCUAGUAUUCAUAUAUAUAUAUAAAAAAACUAUAUCUUGAGUGUUAAGGGUGGUUUUGAGCAUAACAUUAGUUAAUUCUAAUUAGUAAUAUUGCAGACAAGACUCUCAAACUAAAACUGCCCUCACAUUAUUCUUCUACUGCUGAUAUGUGCCUUCAAUUCUGUCUUUCCUUACAAUUAAUGUAAAAAUUGUUUCAUUUUACUUUGACUAUUUAAAGUCAAAAAUAUAAUUGAAUCAUCAAAACGAUGUCACUGGGUGUGUUUACAUAUUCUUAUGUUGUUUAUGACCUUACAUGCAUGUUCUUGCACCGAUUACAUUCUUCAAGGAAUAGUUCACCCAAAAAAUAUUGUUUUCUCAUCAUGUACUCAACACACCCUUAUAUCAUCCCAGAUGUGUAUGACUUUCUUUCUUCUGCUGAACACAAAGAUUUUUAGAAGAAUAUUUAAGCUCUGUAGAUCUUCUGCAAAUGAAGGGGUACCAACGUUUUGAAGCUCCAAAAAGCACUAAAGGCAGCAUGAAAGAAAUCCACAACUCCAUUGGUUUAAUCCAUUUCUUCAGAAGUGAUAUGAUAGGUGUGGGUGAGAAACAGAUCAUUAUUUAAGUACUUUUUAAAUAUAAAUUCUCCUCCCUGCCCAGUAGGUGGCGAUAUGCAUGAAGAAUACAAAUCAUCAAAAAUUAAAGAAGAAGAGUGUGAGAGUGAAAGUGAAAAUAGGGAUUGAUAGUUAAAAGGACUUCAAUAUUGAUUUGUUUCUCACCCACACCUAUCAUAUUGCUUCAAAAGAUAUAGAUUUUACCACUGGAGUCUUAAGGAUCACUUUCAUGCUGCCUUAAUGUCCUUUUCAAUCUUUAUAAUUUUGGUACAGAUUCACUUGCAUUGUGAGGACUUAAAGAGCUAAGAUGUUCUUCUAAAAAUCUUCAGCAGAAGAAUUACAGUCACACAUCUGGGAUGGCAUGAGGGUGAAUAAAUGAUGAGAGCAUUUUAAUUUUGGGGUGAACUAUCCCUUUAAGGCGACAACAUGUGUGUUUAUGUUAUUGCAAUAAUCCUUUGCAUUAUUGGCAAGGUCAUAAACGGCUUAAGAAUUAAACUGCUCAACAGGGGUAAAUAUUUACCCAUUACCCCAAUUUCAUGUCGCAUGUAAACAGUAUAUCACAUUUUACAGCAUUCUUACUGGCUUAUAAAUUGUGCGCAAGUGUUGUGCGCCUGCCUCUUCACGGUUUGAUGUCAAAAGCGAUUAUUUAAAAUGUCAUGUAAGUGCGGAUUACUUUGUCUGAUUUAUAAAUAAGAUCAUGUUUGGGAGAAAUCAGUGUAUUGGUGUGAUUGUAAACCACACUUAUUAUCAUCCAAUUACAUGCCGUUGUAACAUGCAGCUUUUCACAAUUAUCGCCCAAUCAUAGGACAGCUGAUUAUGUCAAGGGAGGGACUUAAGAAAUCGCAGCUCUGAAAGAUGCCAUUUUAAUGUCAAAUUUAUGAAAACUCGUCAACUGUCUUACAUAAACUAUGGUAAACAUACACUGGUGGCCAAAAGUUUAUAAUAAUGUACAGAUUUUGAUUUCUGCUAAGAUGGUAGGCCCACUGCAGCCUCUGCUUUCUGU